GUUAAAAAAGAGGGGAAAAGGGAACUCCUUUGGUUUGCACUUUGUUUAGAGAAAGAAGAAAGGGAAACCAUCCAAUGAUUUGUUGUGAUUCCACCACAUUGGCUUGUUUUGGCAUCUUUGAGGAAGCUUAUUAUAUUUAUAUUUAGUGACAAUAUCAACCCAACAGAGAGUCUACAAAUUUCUGGGAAAAAGGAAAAAAAAACCAGCAAAGGGUAUCCAUCCUAGGUGAGGAGGCUGCUCUACAACAAAGUUUAAGGUUUUACUGUAAGAGUGACAAUCUGUGAAAUGGCGAAAUUCUGCGAUAUCUAGCGUUUUAGUUGCUUCUGCUUGUCAUUUUUAUUCACGGAAUGACACGAAAGGAUAUGGUGGUAAGUAGGCCAAUAGAUAUGGCAGACCAUAGUUCUAUUGUUGCAGAUGAAUAUUUGUUGCCCCCGACAAACUUUGUGUCGAUUGGCUGUCCCGAUUGGAUCAAUCUAAGCAACCAAAACGAGAACCAAAAUGAGAACCAAAUCAUGGAUGGACAUGGAAUUUCUCUUCCUUCGGUGCUGCAAGGUGAAGCAAUGAACAGCUUUAUGAGCGUGGCGAAUUUCAGUCAGCCCGUUAAUUGUGAGACAGUUAAAGAUUUAUCGGUUGCCAGUUUGUAUCCAAUCAACGGUGCUCCUCAAAUACAGAAUGAUUUUCGGGAGAGGACACCACUGUCAGCUGUAUCCCUCGCGUACCUUUUGGCUGCGAGAAAUGGAGCAUAUGAAAAUCCCGAGAAGUUUGAAGCCUCUGCCACGUUACCAUAUUCAACGCAAGUCACGAGAGGUUUAGGUUCGAAUAGCUAUUCUGAUAUUUUCAAUCCCUCGUGUGGGUCUCUUGCGAACCAUGAAUUCAGUGUGUUGCCGGUUGAUAUGAGCAGAAAAUGUGAUUUCGAUAAGCCAGAAAUCAUGGGGACAGUCAUGGGAAGAACGACGGGGUCUCAACCGUUCCCGUUACCCGGGAACAUCAAUCCCGGGGUGUGGUUCUCAGCAGAAAGAGCGAGUUCGAGUUCUAGUAGCCCAUCGGGCUCGUCCAGAUUUAGUAACGAGCUGUCCCUUAGUCUCACCACAACCCCGCCACAGGUUGCCUGUGGGACUUCCAUUCAAGACCAGUUUUCGGAGUUAAGUUGUUCUGGUGUAACCAGCAAUCCUUUCCGGGAAAGGCCAUUUGGUGGAUUAGAACAAGCACCUGCUUGCACUGGGAACAAGAAUCUAUCCUUGAACUUCGAUUCGUAUAAGCCAGUCCAACUUUCCCAAUUCUUAUCUGGAUCGAGAUAUCUUGCAGUGAUGCAAGAAAUACUUUCUCAAAUUGCCAAAUAUUCACUUGAGAAUCUUAAUUCAAUAUCCUAUCCAACUAAUUUGACAGAUGACGGUGAGCAUAGUCCAUUUUCUUUGAGCUGCUCUGCUGGAACUGGAAGGGGCGUCGCUGUCUUAGGCUCCGAUCCUUUUCCUUAUGGGGCCCACAGAACUGUAAACCGAGUGGACGCUGAAACAAAGAGAAAGCAUCUCCUGGCUUUGUUACAAGCGGUCGAUGAUCGGUACAGCCAAUGCUUGGAUGAGCUCCACAUGGUGGUCUCUGCAUUCCAUGCUGUUACCGAGUUACAUCAUCCGACUAGUAUACACACUCAUUUUGCCCUGCAAACCGUCUCGUUCUUGUACAAAAACCUGAGGGAGAGAAUUAGCACUUCCAUUCUCGCAAUGGGAGAACAGUAUUCUAGUUCUUCCUCGAGUACCAGAAGUGCGAGGGAGGAGAAAUCAUUCGAAGCGUCUUUCAUCCAGAAGCAGUGGACACUUCAGCAGCUAAGGAAGAAAGACCAUCAGUUAUGGAGACCCCAAAGAGGAUUGCCUGAAAGAUCCGUCUCGGUCUUGAGGGCUUGGAUGUUUCAGAACUUUCUUCACCCAUACCCGAAGGACACAGAGAAGCACUUGCUCGCUGUAAAAAGCGGUCUAACAAGGAGUCAGGUGUCGAAUUGGUUUAUAAAUGCGCGUGUUCGGCUGUGGAAACCAAUGAUUGAGGAAAUGUAUGCGGAGAUGAACAGAAGGAAUCAUCAACAGCAUCAUAAUCAUCAUCCGAAUGAAGAAGAAAUGAAUGGGUGUAGAAAUCAAAGGUGUUAGUGAGCUGAGGGGUAAAGAAAUUAAUGGUAUUAUAACUGUGUAUUAUAUUAUGCCAUUCCAUGCCUGCAUGAGUUGUGCAGAUGAAUGAAAAUAGAGAGAUUCGUUCCUCCACUAUAAUCUAUAAGUUAUCCAUCUAUCUAUCUGUAUAUGCAUGCAUACCAU